AUGUUUUGCGCCCACUCGGACCAUUACACCUGGGGUUUUGUUGCAGGGUCCAGUUGCGACGUUAUUUAUAACAGCGAUGUCCUGAAAAAUGGCACGGUCUCCAGUCCGAAUUACCCGGCUCCGUAUCCUUCGAGGACCACCUGCCAUUACGAGUUCCAAGGCAGAGGCAAGGAGCGAGUGCAAAUUGUCUUCCAAGAUUUUAACUUGUAUCAUCCCUCCGAUGAUUCUAAACAAUGCGAGAACCACGAUUCGCUGACCGCCUUCGUGCAUAUAGAUGGAAGGGAUGAUAAAAUAGACAGCUUCUGCGGCAACACAAUGCCAAAGCCGAUGAUGUCGAACGGACCAAGACUCACCCUGAAGUUUGACAGUGUAAUUUCUUCGCGCUACUCUAGGGGCUUCAAGGCCCAGUUCAGUUUUACCGAAAAUUUCGGCAUUAAAACUGGAUCCCAACUACCGGAUUACCCAUGUGCCUUCGUCUUUAAUAGUAAUGUAAGCCGGACCGGAUACUUCCACAGCCCGAAUUAUCCCGGUUAUUAUCCCCGCGACACCGAGUGCCAUUACUUCUUCAACGGCAAUCAGGAUGAAAAGAUCCAUCUCCACUUCAACUACUUCGACGUCGAAGGAGUCUUACCGUGUGAGGCAGCUUCGGAUAGCGAUUACGUAGAGUUCUCGAAUUACAUGACUCGUGAUCGCAAGUACCCGAGGUAUUGUGGUCAGCUGAAGGAGUUCGACAUCGAAUCUAAACGAAAAUUCUUCCGUGUCACCUUCCGGUCCACCGAUAGACUGGAUGGAACCGGAUUCAAUGCUACUUAUCAUUUCAUGGACGAAGUUGAAACGUACACUGCAACUGCGGACGCUCCAGCCGCUGCGACCAAGUUGAAAGAUACAUUUGGAUCAAUUAUUCUUCUCUUGGCGUUGACUCUAAGAAUCUUCACAUAAGGCGAGAACAUGAACGAGCCGAGGAAACAUCUCGUUUCCACAUCUCUCUCCAUUGCAAAUUUCAUGGAUUCAAAAAAUAAACAUAUACAAAAAUAAAUAAAUAAAGAAAAAUAUAAAUAAGAAGGCGAAAUCGAAAUAUAGCGGAAAAAAAUCGACGAAUGUGUGUAGGAAAAUAUUAAAUGUUGAUUAUUUGACCAUUAUUAAGUUUUUUGUUUUGUGCGGACGAAUCUCUCUGAAUGCAAUCGACUAUAUCAAGACUGUGUCUUCUAUUGAUGCCCUUCGUUCAUUAACACCUUUGUAUUAUAUACUGAAUGUGAUUUUUUAAACGAAAUAGCAUUAACUAUUUACUUGUUGUACUAUACAGACAAUUCUAGGUUUAAAACACGAAUUGUUUUUUGUUUUCAAUUCAUAAAUAAAAGUUUAUUUGUUAUUAAUCAGAUCUAAUUACAAUAGCUUUAAUCAAUUUCUAGUUAAUGCUAUUAACAUGGAUUGUUUGAUUUUGUAGACUGUGAAUUAUAAGGACCCUUUGUAUAUACCUAUUAGUGCACAAUAAAUGAAUACAAAUAUUUGUUAUAAAUUAA